ACGUAUUCCAGUCAAAUUUUGCGGUUUUCAAUUGGCUGCGUUCGAUUUCCCAAACUGCAAGCGGCACCGCGAUCUCGUGUCAAUGAUAUGAUUCACCCAUCCUCUCUCUAAGUCCAACACAUCCAUAUAUCUAACCGACAUUGUAUUCAUAUAUUGUAUCUUGAUCUUGUCCAUAUCUCUUGUACGAUUCGCUCUCUGUAUCGCUAUGCCUAGAGGAAACAACAACAAUCGUGGGCAUGGAUCUCCUCGAGGCCCAGGUCGCGGUCAAGGUCGUGGACGUGGACGUGGUGGACGAGGGCGGGGACGAGGACGUGGGCAAGACUAUAACAAUGAUACACCUCGAGGAAACUACCCUCAUAGCCAAAACGAGAUGGAUGUCUCGGUUCAGGUCUGGCAGGAGCCAUCAUUGAACAGUACGCCUCAGCGAGGAGGAAGCACCCCUCGUCGUGGGAUGGGUAUUCCCAGAGGUAGGGGACGAGGACGAGGAAUAUCCGACGCUCCCAGAGCACGAACAGGCUUCGGCUACGCAAACACACCUCUUUCCAAACUCCUCGACUCUGAACGACCGUACCUCAAACCUGUUAUAUUCGUGCCAUCGGAGGAAGAUAUUCUACAGCCUGUAGCUGAGAGUGCUGUUUUUCCUGAAUGUUGGGUUGGAUGCCAUGUCCCUACUGCAGAUCGCGUUGCUCGCGUGUUCAGUGGAGGAACUCUUCCCCCUCCAUCCUCGUCAUCUUCAGAAGACGGUGUUUCUGAUCAUGAGGACGAAUUGGAGGAGCUUCAUACUGCUCAGGCUUCCACUAGUACCCGGGCUUCACAUGCACAAGAGGUAUUCACUGGGGUGUAUAACAAGAGAAAUCACACUGUCGCAACUCCCCCAUCCCAUCCAGCUCCAGAGCAUGCAGAUGUAUCGCCCAAAAAACCUAACCCCGUAUCCAUUGAUGCGGCGGUCAGUGAGACAACCGCCAUUACUGUACACAGCGUCACUACGCUAGAGCAUUCAACAGCUGCCAUGGUGAUAACCAAAGAUGACGAAAUAGCCAUCGAUAAACCAGACACCUUCCCAUCCUCGCAAUCUCCCACAGCACCAAUAUCAAACGAAAUCACUGUUUCCCCUACAUGUCUUCCUGAAGACGAUACCCCCACCUUCUUCGUGGAUACAGAACCUACUAAACCAUUUACGCAUCGCUCCUCCAGCGAUGUCGUGCUUUUUGAUCGCACCCUUAUCGUAUAUGUUGCACCCCACCCACGAUCAGGGCAAGUUUCGCCCAAUGUUCCUCGAGUACGGUUACCCUCGAGGUCUGUACUGACAGGUACUACCAAUCCCAUGCAAACCUACCCAGGGCCCGUGGCGCAUGAAGACACAAUCGAGAAUAAGAGUCUCCCAGUUCCGAGCGAAGCUCCCCAGUUCUCCUCCGUUUCGUUCGAUUUUGCUACUCCCAGCCCGAAGAAACAGUCUCGUCAGAGACCAAUCUUCACUCCGGGCGAUCGCUCAAAAGCGAGGAUGCAAGCAAGGAAACAAGACGCUCGAGUAGCUCGUAAGCGUGCCAAACGUCAGGCAAUGUUUGGGUCCUUUGGCGCGAUACUUUCUGAAGCGAGAUUGAGAGAUGCUGAUGAACGGGGAGCGCAAGAGACGAUGCCCGCCCCGGUAAAUGAUGGUGUCGACGAGGUAUCUAUUGGACUAGGGGGCAUGGAUCUAGACCCGGAUCUUGAACCAGAUUUGGAGGCUAUGAAAGGCUUCGUUCAGAGCAUGAGCGCGGAAGGAUCGCGGCAUCGCACGAUUGAUGAAAUCCAGGACGAGGAAGAAGACGACGGAAGUGACUCCCACGGGAGUUAUAACGACACAAGCGAUGAAGAAGACAAGGAAGAAAACGCGGUGUUUGAAGUUGAGGAAGAAAUGCUUAUUGCAGAAUCAGAGGGGGGAAGGCCUCAUGAAGCUUCACGCUCAGAUGAUUCUGACGAGGCAGAUGAUUCGUCCGAUGAUGAGCUCAGUCCAGGAGCUAACUUCCAGGCUAGACUCCGUCGAGUCCGCGAGAAAUCGCGCUCGGCGAAGCCAGCGACAGCUGCAGCUGGAAGCGAUUCAGAAGAGGAGUCUGAUGCUCCUUUCCCGCGAUGGAAUCGAGGUGAUUCCGACGAUGAUUACAUCGCACGAAUAGAGGACAUGCUUGAAAUGCAUAGCGGUACAACUGGUAAAGACCGCAAACUACGCAAUAAACUAUUCCGUGCAAUACAGAAUGGUCAAUUCGACCACAUCGAUGACUACGAAGAAUUAGAUGGAUCCUUCAGCUAUCAGCCAGCGAAGGGCAAGAAAGACAAGAUGAAGGAAUUGCCCGCCGAGCUCCAAGAGAUGUGGGAGAAAGAUCGCGCCAAGAAAGCUGAACGCAAACGGGCUCGCAAGGAGGCCCGCCUUCUCGAUGCCGUCGAUCCCAUUUCUCCAAAGAAAGGCGGCAAGAAGGGGCGCAAGGCGAUGCGGGCAGCUGCACGGCUGGAUCCGAGGGAGCUCUCUGAAAUCCAGAAUGCGAUCGAGGAUAUGGUGACACUGGAGAAGCAGAUUCGCCGCUUCAUUAGUGACACCAGCGGAAAGAACAACAUGGUACUUCCUCCGAUGAACAAGGCGUCGAGGAAAGAAGUUCACGAGCUUGCUAACUCGUUUAACCUCAAGAGUCAGAGUAAAGGCAAGGGAAAGGGGAGAUAUACUACUCUCAUCAAGUCCACAAACAUGCGUGCUAUUGAUGAACGCAAAGUCAAGAGUGUCAUGAAGAAACACGGAGGCCGGUUUGACACGGUGCCUCGACACAAAGAUGGAGAUGAAGUCGGCAAGGUAUGCUGCUCCAAAGAUCGGAGAGAAACGAAUGUCGGGUUCAGGAUGCUUGCUUCUAUGGGAUGGGCAGAAGGAGACAGGAUCGGUGGCGAUGCGUCCACUGGGAUCGAUGCGCCUUUGACGGCUAUCAUCAAGAACACGAAGCUGGGCCUAGGCGCUACUCGAUAGUCACUAUCUUCAGAGCGAAAUAUAAUGCCUUCCCUGACCACAGCUGAUCCUUGAUGAAGCACAGCGAGUUCGUCAAGGCUGGAAAUGUGAAUGCAGUGGUAUUACGGAUCCGGUUGAACGUUGUUUACUAUGUUGAUGAGGUUGGUUUUCCUAAUGCGGUUUUUUUAAAUUCUAUGCGGCACUCGAACUAUUGCGUUGAGACAAGUUUUGCAAAAGAUAGGAGAAUCAGAUACAAUCACCUUGCGGAGCAAGGUCAUGUUGGAGAAAAUUUGGUCAUGACAAGGGCUCAGCGAAACUUUCCAAGGGGUCAACUUCCCG